AUGGCAGACGGCAACAGAUCAACCCUGAAGGAGUUUAUUGCAUCAAUCUCGACAAUCAGAGGCGAUCUAUCGAACAUCACCGCCCCACCAUUUUUAUUGGCUUCACAGUCCACUGUUGAAUUUCCUUCUUAUUGGUGUGAAAGACCUCAACUGCUGUGUGCUCCUGCUUCCGAGCCCGACGCACAAAAACGCUGUCUGCUGGUGCUGAAGUGGUUCUUGGCGAGCUUGAAGCGUCAGCAAUACGCAGGGAGAGAUGAAAGUGCUGGAGUAAAGAAGCCGUUGAAUGCUUUCUUAGGUGAGGUAUUCAUGGGUGCUUGGGGUGGAUCGGAUGGAGAGGGUAGAACUUGCUUGAUUUCUGAGCAAGUCAGUCAUCAUCCGCCAGUAACGGCGUGCUACCUCUGGAAUGACGAGCAGGGUGUCAGGGCUGAAGGCUACGCAUGCCAAAAUAUCACUUUCUCCGGCACUGUCAAUAUCAAACAGAUUGGCCAUGCUAUCAUCCAUCUGGACAAGUGGAACGAGGACUACCUGGUCCCUCUACCCUCAGUCAAGGUCUCGGGUCUGAUCACAGGAACACCCUACCCAGAGCUUGUUGGCAGCUACGAUAUUGUCUCUUCAGCCGGCUACGUCGCAUCUGUUGACUUCUCUGGCAAGCGAUUCUUAGGUCUGGCUGGCAAGAAGAACAGUUUGCAUGCGGCAUUGUACUCCGCAGAUGACACGAGUCGCAAACACCCUAUCUACACUCUCGACGGCAACUGGAAUGGGGUUUUCACUAUUCGUGAUGAGAAGGCCGACUCGGUAGUCGAGGAGUUUGACACUAAUGCUCAUCCUCCGUUGCCGGUCCAAGUUCCCGACGAAUCAACUCUGGACCCCUACGAAAGCCGGAAAGCAUGGGGCCCCACUAUCUCUGCUUUGAACUCAGGCGACAUGCAAGCGGUUGUCGAUGCCAAGAGCAAGGUCGAGCAAGGUCAGCGUGAGAUGCGAAAACAGGAAGAGGCGGCAGGUAAAACCUGGACGCCAUUGUUCUUCCAACAGGUACAGAGAGAAGAAAGACUCGACAAGUUGAAGAGUAUAGCUCACGGGGAUGCGGAAAUGGAUGGUACACAAGGCAUCUGGCGAUGGGUUGGAAGCGAGAAGGCCGAACAGGUCGACAGACCUUUCCAUGGAGAUCUGGUGCCGUGGCUGACUUGA